AUGGUGUAUUACUUCACCUCCACCGCCGUCGAUCCUCCCGCCCACGUUUACGUCGGCAAGGACAAGUAUGAGAAUGAGGAGUUGAUCAAGUACGGGUGGGAAGAAGAUGUCUGGUUCUUCCACGUCGACAAGCUCUCCAGCGCCCACAUCUACCUCCGCCUCCCCGAAGGGGGGACAUGGGACGCCAUCCCAGAACCGCUCCUGGUGGACCUCGCGCAACUGACCAAAGCCAACUCGAUUGAGGGAAACAAAAAGGACAACAUCACCAUUAUUUACACCCCCUGGUCCAACCUCAAGAAGGACGGGAGUAUGGAGGUUGGACAGGUCUCCUUCAAAGAUCCGCGAAAGGUCAAGCGCAUCCACGUGGCCCAACGCGAAAAUCCCAUCGUCAACCGCCUCAACAAGACCAAAGUCGAGCGCAAGCCCGAUCUGGAACAGGAACGCGAGGACAGGCAGAAGGAGCUGCGACGGCGAGAACAGGCUGCUCUGCAAGCUCGGAGAAAAGAAGAAGCCCGCCUCGCGCAGGAACGCAAGGAGAAGAAGUGGCAGAAGGACCACGCCUACGACGACAUUUUCAGCCAAGAGAACAUGGAAGCUUCGAGCAAUCAGAAUCGCAGCGAGGACUGGGAGGAUGAUUUUAUGUGA